GAAGGUAGUGGGACAUUCUUGAUAAUUGCCGCUGCACGUUGAUGAGGGGACGGCCCUCGAAGCACCGACAUACUGCCGCUCUUGUUUAGCAAUAUACGACCAGUUGAGCCUCAGUGCUAUCCUCAGUGCAGUCGUUUCAGUUGCGGCAUAUUUGGGACCGGAGCUGUGUGCCAAUUAGCAGAAGGGGGAGGUAGCGAGGCUCUGUUUGCCUUGGAGAGAAUUAGGCUUAGUUCAUUGGUGGGUUAGUCACAUCAUUGCGGGUUAUAAAGAAUUUGGUAGGGGAACUUCGAGGCUGAAUUUGAGAAAUUUUGGAGAGGAAUCACUUAAUUCCGGUUGUUCCUCCUUCAUAAUUGAGCUGGUUGGAGACAGGCACACAAACGCGGCGAAAUUGGUUUUGGGUUGGAUCAUUGCGCGGUGACAUGUUUACAUUUGAACAUUAUAUCCAAGCCUUCCACUUUCGGAACAGAAUUGAUGGCCAUGCUCUGCAAUUUAUUUUUUCAUUGUCUCUACUUUUUUGAUUGGAUUACGACGACAUUUGGAAUCAAGGUGAAUGUCCUUUAAAUUGAACUUACAAGCAGCGGCCUAGAGAUUCAGGACAGCAGGGUAGAUUGGAUUCUUCACAGGAUUGGGUGCAAGUACAAAAAUGCAAGGAGCAGGGUCGAUGGAGUUUUGGACCUUCUGGGCAGCGAUGCUGGGAGUGUUAGGCUUCUUCCGCAAUAUACUCUCGAAAGAGUAUGGAAAUACAUUUGACUCUUGGUUACAUCGUGCCAUAACCUACUUCUCGCCUUACGCCUUCUUCGACAUUCCGGAGUUCGAGGGCGCAGGUGGUAAUGAAAUUUAUGAAUUUGUACAGUCCUACUUGAGCUCCUCAACUGCUUCAGAUGCUCAGCACGUAAACUUGUGCCGCCCGAAAAACGCUUCUCAGAAUACCUUCUCACCCGCACCUCACGAAACUGUUGAAGAUACUUUUAUGGGCACGAAGGUGUGGUGGAGUCACUCUGUCAACCUUCUCCAGAGUACUCGCUUUAAUUUUUCGGGCGUUCCGAACGAUGAGAAGCGCAAGUACACCCUCAAGAUUCGUAAGAAAGACAGGGACCGCUUGCUCGAGCCGUAUGUACAGCAUAUAAUGGACGCCGCCAAGUCGAUCAAGGAGCGUUCUCGAGAUCGCCUUCUCUACACCAACAUCAAGGGCAGUAACUAUUUCAGGAAGAAAUCGUGGGAAGCAGUACCAUUCAAGCAUCCCUCAACAUUUGACACGCUCGCCAUGGACCCAGAGUUGAAGGAGGACAUCAAGAAUGACCUUCUGGAGUUUACACAGGGAAAAGAAUUCUACCAGCGAGCAGGGAAGCCAUGGAAGAGAGGUUACCUCUUGUACGGGCCACCCGGAACCGGAAAAUCCAGCAUGAUAGCAGCCAUAGCUAAUUUUUUGCAGUAUGAUAUUUAUGACAUGGAAUUGACAGAAGUCACCUCGAAUUCUGAACUUCGACAGCUGUUGAUUCAAACAACCAACCGCUCGGUUGUGGUCAUCGAGGACAUAGAUUGUUCGGCAGAUCUUGCAGAGCGAGCUAAGGCCCGCAAGGAGAGUGAUAAAAAGAAUCCCGAGACAGGAUUAGGCCGAGGCAGAUCUGAUCAAGAUGAGGGAAGCCGAGUGACGUUGUCAGGACUGCUAAACUUCACGGACGGGCUCUGGUCAUGCUGCGGGAGCGAGCGCAUCAUCAUCUUCACGACGAAUCACGUUGAGAAGCUAGACAAGGCGUUGCUGCGUGCGGGCAGGAUGGACAGACACAUUCUCAUGUCGUGGUGCGAGUACCCGGCAUUCCGCACCCUGGCGGCCAACAACCUGGGGCUGGAGUGGCACGAUCUUUUUCCGGAGAUAGAGAACGCGAUCGCAGGCAAGGCCAUCUCACCAGCAGACGUGAGCGAGCUCCUGCUGAAGAAGAAGCGCAAUCCCACGGCUGCAUUGGAGGGUCUUCUGGAGGUGCUGGGCAAAGCCCCCUUAAGUGAGGAGAAACCAGUCAUGAAGAUCGACCUCGAUGAGCUCCAGCUGACUGAAGCCAUAGCCAUCGACGACGAUGCAGCAGAUGAACCCACCUCUUCUGCUGAUUCUAGUGCUGUCGAGUCCCGGAUCGAACCAUCUCAUGCAAAUGGUGAGCCUACACCUGCAUCUGCGGCGACGGAGGAUCCGAAAACUGAGUGAUAACGUCGACUCAGUGUCGCAGUUCAAUAGCGAAUGCAGAUUCUACAAAUCUCGUGUUGUAGAGUUUGUUUUGAGUCUGUUUUAUUUGUCAUCGACUGAGAUUAGUGAUUUACAUCAUGUCCUUGAGAAAAGGUUUAUUUUAUUCUAUUUUACUCUUUUAACCAUGUUGAAUACGAAUGGUGAAUCUGAAUCGUUUCAUAAUUUGGCAUCAACCAAAGUUUACUGUCAAAAUCCAUGAAGAUGGAACCUUAUUGUAAUAUGAUAGAAAGUUUGAAUUGAAUACAAGUAAAUAUUAUUAGUAGUCUUGAUGUAUUUCAUCUAUUGAGUUUUUUUUCUAAUAUAAGUAUUGAGGUGAGUCAUUCACAAUGUA